AUGACUAUCCCUCUAGCUGCUCCGAGCUGUUUGCUAAAGGACAAAUUUACAUCCUUUAAAGAAUCCACUAUGGCAGAUGAAAAUACGCAGUUUUGUGGAAACUGCAAACAUGACAUUCCCGAGGCAAACUUCACCACUCACGAGAUCCACUGUCUGAGAAACAUAGGUCUGUGUGACGUGUGCCAGGAGCCUGUGCCCCGGUCAGACCUGCAGAUCCACAAACAGCAGGAGCACUCCCAGGUUUCUUGCAAGUGUGGCCUGAAGAUUGAUAAAAAUCUCUUUGACGUCCAUCAGAGUUCAGAAUGUCCCCAGCGCCUGGUGCCGUGUCCGUACUGUGACUUGGAGCUGGUCUUCAGCCAGUCUAAAGAGCACGAGGAGUACUGUGGCACUCGCACCGAGCCGUGUUCACACUGCAGGAGCAACGUGAUGCUGAGGGAGCAGGCCAUCCACCCUUUCCUCUGCGGCAGCCUCACUCCACCCCUGGAGAGGAACAACAGCCGCACCAGCCCCCCGCUAGGAGAGCCACAAGCCCCCACCUCCUGGAUUGAAUCUCACUCCAUCAGGAACCACCUCCAAGCUCAGGACAGAGGCCUCAAGAACAACAACAUCAGUGCAGCCGAAAACUUCAACAGAUAUGCAGCUUCAGACUGGAAGAGCGCCCCUCCAAGGAACAUGAUCAACCACUUGUUGGAGGGCAGUGUUUUCGAGGCUCGCAGCGACAGCAGCAGCAGCCUCUGGCCCCAGCAGAGUGGCCAAGAGGAGGACUCCUCUGGUCUGGACUACAUGCUGGCCCUCAGUCUGCAGGGCGACAGUGAGCCAGGGGCCGGUGGAGGAGGACAGCACAACCCUUGGAGCUCCAUCUGGAACCAAAGAGAAGCCAGCACCUCGGACAGCUCCCCGCCAUCUCCACCCACGACCACAGCAGCAGGCGGGCAGGACCAGGGCUCAGCAGAGAUCUUGUUGCCCUGCGAGUUCUGUGAGGAGCUGUUCCCGGAGGACGACCUCAUCCUGCACCAGACUGGCUGUAGUCCGGCCUCGGCCUUCGCCUCCUUCAGUAAACAGGCCUGCGCCUCCACAGAGCAGCGGGCCCCUCAGCCUCAGCACGAUCCAGGACCUGUGUUCAGCGGCUCGAGUCAGAACGACCGUCUGUCCGUGUUCUCGUCCUUCCCCCAACAGCCCCGCCCGCUGUCCCCCACGUACAGCCCCCCUGCCAGCCCACUAGAGGGAGACAUACUCAUCCCCUGUGAGUUCUGUGGCGUGGCCCUGGAGGAGGCCGUGGUCUUCCAUCAUCAGGAUCAGUGCGACAUGCGGCCACAGACGUCUCUCCAACUGAACAAUGUGACGCCGACAAAUCCCAAACCGCUCAACUUGUGUAAAGACAAAUCUCCUGAUUCUGCGCGACGGAUACAACACCAAGGCGACGUCGGUGAGAACUCGUCGUCAGGGGAGGAGAGUUCUGAGCUCAACAUGUGGCCUCCUCACCGAGCGCACGGACCUCGGAAACUCUCCAACAGCAGCGGGAAGAACCAGCCUCCAGAACAAGGAGAGGCCAUCCCCGCGGCUGCAGAUCAGUUGCCCAAGAAGCAGAAUGAAGAGUCCCAGGACGAGUAA